UGCACGAAUUAUCAACUAACAAAUCAUUUCCGGAUCUUUUUCCCUUUGUCUGUCAUAUUGGAGAAAAAUAACUGAUCACUGCUUGUAAGUUGAAAUAAGCGAAAGAAUACAAUGGAUUCAGAGACUUUGAAGUAUUUUUCAUCCAUAAACCCGUUGACAAAGCGGGUUGUGAGCGAUGUUUUGCUGGUGGAGGAGUUAUUGGCAGACAGAUGGAGUGCAAUGAACAUAAAAGAGAAAGACGAAGCACUGGACGAUUAUUUUGUCAAUCCAGACGUCAGAAGUUCAUAUCAAGAUGCUGGUAGUAAAGAGGUGUACCCAGAGAGUUUUCCACGAUUAGUAAUAUCAUCCGGAGAGAAAAUAAUCAUAGAUGAAAAUAACGAUUUUUGGACAUGGCAAGAUGGGCAUUCUGCACCCUUUUCAUGGAGGUCCAAGAGUCAAGAGGAUUUAGCCUUAGCUGACCUUGAAUCUGAAGCGUUGGCUAAACCUUCUUCAAAAGCUCCAAAAUCUAAAAAGCAAGAAUCAACAUUUAAAGCAGCUGAACGACAAUUCCUGCAUAAAACAGAAAGUUUAUGGAACAGUACAUUUCCAGAAAAGCUUAAAGAACUAAAAUCAGUGAGACGCAUUGAAAGUCCCACAAAAGAGACCAUGAAAGACUCUCCAGAAAGACGAAGCCAAAGCCCGGAAGUAAUCAACUAUGCAUUCAAAGGCAGCAAUGGUGAUCUCCGUGAACCGCCUCAUGAAAAACAACCAAAUGGAAUCAUCCAUGACUCGCCAUUGAGAGCAUCACCAGCAAAGUCAGAUACUAAGAGCUCGGGGUUAAGCUUAUCAUCUUCCUUCUCAAAGAAGAAACAGCAAGAUGGUGAACCUCUGGUGAACAAGAGGAAAGAAUCAUUUUCUAAAUCCAAAUCCAACUCGCAGGAAUUCAGUCCUGUAGAGCUGAAUGCCUUUGAUAACCCUGCUAUGAUGGGAGCUGUGGCAUUGCUUAACCAAGAAGAGGAAAGUUCCAGUAGUAAUAACUCCUCCCCUGCCCACAAACCUCUGUUGAAGGAGCCAAUCACACAAAACAUGGACAGAGAGGAAGUAGUUUUUCAUCAACCUUCAUUUGAUGAUGAGGAUAGUUACAGGACUGUUGAACUCAAACCAUUAAAUAACAACACUCCAUCAGAGGAAUUAAAUGAUUCAUCUAUACCUAUGACUGGAUUCGACUUCUUGGAUCAAUGGUGAAAAGUUUGCAGGGUUCCAGAACUGGGGUGAAAACCAUUAAAAUAAAAAGCAGUCAUUCAGAAAAUCUUGAGAAUUUUUAUAAUGGAUUUGGAACCGUUGAGCAUACUGCAUCAUGCUACACUGCCAGUUUAAAUGAAAUGAUUGUCUCUUAUACAUAUGAAAGAGUCUCAUGGCCACACUAAUAUAAUAUAUAAUGGAUUUCUGUGGACAGCACAUGCACAGCUGUAUAAUCACAUAUAUACAUGCAUGUGUGUUAAUUUUCAUAUAUACACAUACACUAUACAUAUGAUCAUGUAAAACAUUUAUUUCUGUGGAUUUGUCUAAAAUUGAUUUCAAAUGCCAAACUCAUACAUACUUUUUAUUUGCUUAAUGAUGUUUUUGUAAUUUUUAUGCUCAGACCACUACCAAGUUGUAUUUUUUGUGUCACAUAUAUACAUACACUGUAUAUGUAAAUUGUAUACACACACAUGUACAAUAUAUAUACAUACAUGAUAAGUGUAGAGUGUUUAAACAUGUGAUUAACACUUGAUACACAUUGUUUUAUUUAGUGUAUAGAGGCUUUUAAUUGAAUGGAUAUUUUUUGCAUGGGCCAGUAUUACUGUAUUUCUGUCAGUGAUUCAAUGAUAACAAUAUACUAAUAUUAUGUCAUGUUGAAUGACAGUGAUUCAAUGAUAACAAUAUACUAAUAUUAUGUCAUGAAUGCUGAAACAUUUCACACAUUGUACAACAGUCUGAUUAUUGUCAGUAUACAGACACAUAAAAGCCAGGUCUUUGAAACUUUUAAAUUAGUUAAAGAUAAGCUGUGUUCUUAUAUUUUAGUUUUAAAUAUUAUAUGUAUAGUUGAAUUCUCUAUUUUGAUUCAAGUUGAGUAAAUUUAAAGCCAACCAGCAGUUUCAUAUAUUAUCACACAACAGUACUAUUUCCGGGUUCAUAAUGCGGGUUUAGAAAUACGAUACGAACUCGUAGCACAGGUUAAUAAUUAUGCAAAUCAUGUAGGUCAAUCACAUGUAUUCAGGCGCCACGUAAACAAUACAACAUGACAUCCUUUGAAGUUGACGACUCUGAUGAUAAAGAGCAUGCAAUUGAACUCAAAGUUGUUCCAUAGAGGAGUUUGUGUUUUUUAUGAAGUGAAAAAAACAACAACUUUGAAACAAAAAUUUCAAGUGACUGUAGGCUUAGUUUAAUUCCCCAAACCGUGACGGAGCAGAUGAUGUCAAACAAUAACAAGAUGAAAAUGCAAAAUUGCACACGCUGACAUAAAUACAAAAUUGCCAACUUUUUAGUUUUACUACAAAUGUUAUUCAAAUCUAUCAUCAGUAUUCCUGUUUCAUUUGUUGUUGUUAUAUAAUGACAUCACUUGAUAUUAAGAUUUUAAGAUCAAAAUUUCAAUUUAUCUCUUGUGUUAACGUGUUUAUGUUUAGAUCUUAUUUCUUGCACUCGAUGACAUUUUUCAGAUGAUGCAUUGAAGCUAGGCUGACCUCAAAAUGAAAACAAUCACAUGAAAUGGACAGCAACUUUAAAAGUUGCGUUUAUUCAUAGUGGAGUCAUAAAUAGAAUCUUAAACUUGUGCUCAUGGCAUAUGAAAUUUGUUGCCAGGUUUAAAUAUUUCCCUUGCCAAGGCUCGGGGGAAAUAUUAAAACUGGCAACUCAUUCAUAUGCCAAAGCACUCAUUCAAGAUCCUCUAAUACGUACAUGUAUGAAUUGGUGAUAUCUUUACCAUGAUAAAGCCAAUUUACUAGUACAGUGCAAUAUUUAUUCUAAGUUAUUAUAGUUUUUGAUACCCUAUUGUAGUCCCAUAUGAUCUGAUUGUACAAAUACUGUUAAGUUAUAUCAAUGAGGUGACAGAAUCUCGAUUUGUUUCUGUGUAGCAUAUACAUGUAGUUCCUGUACUUUGUGGAACGAAUUUUGAACAGGUAUAGAUUGAUUUUUCUCUUCCAUCAGAGAAAUCUCAUGUACAGUAUAUAAAUUGUUACUUACAUGUAGAAUUAAUUGAUUGAGGGAAUGCACCUUCUGCACAGACAUGGUAUACACUUACAUAAAGACUGUUGCAUUUAUAUAUAUUUAUUGUUACUAUACAUCAAGUCUAUAUAAUUUUAUCUAAUCCAUUCAACAUUUUAGAAACAAUUAUAUCCAACAUCUUCUCUAGCCAAAUGUCCGAUUUGCUUACUCUAAUGAGAAUAAGCGAAUCAGACCCUUGCCUUAUAGUGAAGAUGACAUCUUAUAUGGACCAAUCUUAUUAAAAUUGUAUCUUAUCUGCUUUUGAUUCUGAUAUUUAUGUGAACAGAUAAAGAAUCUAAUUUAGAUUGUACAGAGACAGCUUGUUGAAUGCAACUGUUGUCACGUGUAUGUAAAUUACUACUCCAAUAAAAUGGUUGUGCUAUUAUCA